AUGGAGACGCUUGACUGCGCGGUUGUAGGCGCCGGGUGGUAUGGCCUGGGUGCCGCAAAGCAGUAUCACUGCACAAAUCCGGACGAUUCUCUAGCUAUCUUCGAAUCCGAAUCCUCACUUGGGGGAACAUGGGGCGACAAACGCUUAUACCCGCUUCUGAAGAGCAACAAUCUCUUCGGGACGUACGAAUAUCCAGAUUUCCCUAUGGACACAGAGACAUUUGGUGUUAAACCACGCCAACAUAUCCCUGGAGAAGUCAUCAAUGCGUAUCUCAAGGCAUACGCGGCCAAGUUUGGUAUUACUGACCUGAUCCGUCUCCAGACCAAGGUCAUCGUGGCAGAGCACCAGGACACGGGUGCCGGAGGUUGGAUAUUGACCGUUGUAAAUUCGAAGCAGGAAGAGUCGCAGGUUUUUGUGCGCCGGCUCAUUCUCGCGACGGGGAUGACUUCUGAGGCAUUCUUGCCGCAUUUUGACGGCCAGGAGACAUUCGGCGGGCCAAUAUUCCAUAAUAAGCAUUUCAUGCUGAAUAGAGAUACUUUGGAAACAGCGAAGUCUGUUACAAUUUUGGGUGCUACCAAGUCGGCUUGGGACGCGGCGUAUGCUUAUGCCACGGCGGGGGUGAAAGUCAAUUGGGUAAUCCGGGCAAGUGGACGUGGGCCAUGUUGGAUGUCACCCCCGUUUGUGACGCCACUGAAGAAAUGGAUAGAAAAGCUCGCAAAUGUACGCGUCCUGACCUGGUUUAGCCCCUGCAUUUUCAGUGAAGCGGGUGGUUACAGUGGCAUCCGCAACUUCCUCCACGGCACUGCUAUCGGCCGAGCCAUCGUCAACGGGUUUUGGAACGUACUUGGCGGAGAUGUAAUAGCACUCGGGGAAUUCGACAAACACCCAGAAACCGCGAAACUAAAGCCAUGGACUCACCCCAUGUUCACAGGGACCAGCUUCAGCAUCUUCAACUAUGACACUGACUUUUUCGACAUGAUCAGGAAUGGCGACAAAAUCUCGAUCCACGUGGGUGAAGUACACCGCCUGAGCCCUGGUAAGGUGCAUCUGACCGACGGUACAGAGCUGGAAUCAGAUGCCUUCCUCGCCGUUACCGGAUGGAAACAUGUGCCACCCAUGAAGUUCCUUCCUGAGGGAAUCGAUAAGGAGAUAGGACUCCCGCACGCCCGUUCCUCGGACGCCCCAGCAGAAGACCUCGCAAACCAACUUGAUCUCAUCGAACGUGCUGACAAAGAGAUUUUCGAGCGCUAUCCGCGGCUCAAAGACCAGCCAGUCUGGAACAAGAAUUACGUCCCGCUGACAUCUCAGGAGGGGAUCGACACAAAGGAUGAAAUAACGCCCUGGACGCCGCUGACGCCCUAUAUGCUGCAUCACUUCAUCGUACCGCCGUCGGAGCGUUUCCUGAAGCUCCGCGAUGUGGCAGUUGUCGGUAUGGUCAGCAACUUCAGCAACAUCAUCACGGCGCAUCUACAGGGUCUGUGGGUCAGCGCCUACUUCUCUGGGCUCCUGGCGAAUGAUCCCGCGGCGGCGAUCGGCGACGAAGAAAAGAUGCGCGCACUACGGUAUCAGACAGUGCUGCAUAACCGAUUUGGCAAAUGGCGGUAUCCCACGGACUGGGGCGAUAAAGCUCCCAGCUUUAUCUUCGAUGCAGUACCGUACCUUGACAUGCUGAUGCGCGACAUGGGGCUCGAACCGCGCCGGAAGAGAGGGCUUAUGGCGGAGAUGUGGGAUCCAUAUGGUCCUGAGGAUUAUCGGAAUCUCAAUGAUGAGUGGCAACGAAAGUACGCAAAAGCUAAAAGUGUCAUUUAG